AUGCCUCGGAAGAAGUCCCUCCUCAUCGGCAUCAAUUACAUCGGCAGCGAGCAUGAGCUCCGUGGCUGCCAUCAAGAUGUGGAGAACGUUGCAGAAUUCCUGAGCUACCGGGGCUACUCCAGUGAUCCAACCUCGCAAGUGAUUCUCCGCGAUGAUAUGCCAGACCAAUAUUACCCCAGUGGGCACAAUAUUCUCGCGGCCAUGGAUUGGCUGGUGUGCGAGCCUGGGACCUGCAAUUUCCUGCAUUACUCUGGGCACGGUAGUCAGGUCCCAGAUCCGACUGGAAAUCGACCCUCAGGCCUGAUCGAUACCAUUUGUCCAGUGGACUUUGAGACCCGCGGCCAGAUUGACAGCGAUACCCUCCACCACCAUCUAGUGACGCGCCUGCCGCCAAGCAGCACUUUGUUUGUCAUUCUAGACUGCUGUCACUCAGGAUCCGCUCUGGAACUGCCUUUCGUAUACCGCAGUGACGACUACGGGAAUGUCAGUGUUAUAGACAAUCUCAAGGAAGGCAUUCACCUCAUGGCUGAAGCGAACGAUAUAUUUCAAGGAGGAUUCAGCUUCAAUAAAUUAGCCGAAGCUCGGGACCUCUACGCUGGUGCUACAUCAUUCUUCCGCAGCUUGAAGCACAUGGGAGAAUCCCAACCUGCUGGUCUAGAUGAGGAUGAUAACUAUGCCGCCUAUGCACAAGAGCAAAAAAUGGUCACCAUGUUCUCGGGUUGUCGAGACGAUCAGACAAGUGCUGAUGCUAAUAUCAAUGGGAUGAACGAAGGUGCUAUGUCCUGGGCUUUCUUGGAGAUCAUGAAACAGAACCCUAAUCCUUCAUACCUCCAGACUUUGCAAGAUACCAGGACCGUCCUGCGGCAAUCUAAUUACACUCAAGUGCCUCAACUCUCUGUCGGGCUGGAAAUAGACCUGAACCAAGCGCUGGCUUUAUGA